AUGCAGGGCUUCCCCGGCGGCGUCCCCGAUCCGCAGCAGCUCCAGGCCACCAUGCUCGCCAUCGAGCAGGCCUGCUCCCUCAUCCAGGUGCACAUGAAUCCGGCUGAAGCGGAAAAAGUUCUAAGUUCACUCCAUUCAUCUCUGAUGCCUUAUCAAGCAUGCAGAUUUAUUCUUGAGACAUCCCUAAUGCCAAAUGCGAGAUUCCAAGCUGCUGGAGCAAUUGGUGAUGCUGCAAUAAGGGAGUGGGGAAUUUUAACAGAUGACAACAAAAGAAGCCUAAUACUAUAUUGUUUGAACUACGUUAUGGAGCAUGCAGGUUCCCCUGAUGGCUACGUGCAAUCAAAAGUUUCUGCUGUGGCAGCUAGGUUACUAAAAAGAGGCUGGCUUGAGUUUCCGGAUCAAGAAAAAGGUGCUAUCUUCUUUGAGGUUGAACAGUCCAUCCGGGGCAUGCACGGGCCUAAUCGACAGUUUGCUGGGAUCAACUUCUUAGAAACCUUGGUUUCAGAGUUUUCCCCUUCAACUGCUUCUUCUAUGGGCCUGCCUAAGGAGUUCCAUGACCAAUGCCAAUUGUCACUUGAAGUGAAGUUUCUGAAGGACUUCUAUUGCUGGGCACAAGCUGCUGUAUUCAAUACCGCAGACAAAAUCUUGAAUUCAAAUGUAACUAUACCCGAGGAGAAAGCAUGUUCGGCGGCAUUGCGCCUCAUGCUUCAAAUUUUAAGCUGGAGCUUCAAGCCAACUUUGGAACAUGAGAAUUUAGAUGCCAAAAUAAAAUCUGGUUUGAGGAGCGAUGCCAUAAAUCUGAGGAAAUUCGAACGUUCAUUGGUGAAGCCAGGGUCUUUGUGGACUGAUAUUCUUAUAUCAAGUGCACAUACUAUCUGGGUUUUGAACUUCUAUACUACCCUGCGUCAGAAGUACUCGUAUGAUACACUAUGGGGUGAUUCUCCUAUUGCUGUCUCUUGCAGACAGCUCAUAGUGCAAUUAUGCUCCUUGGCAGGCGCUGUUUUUCCUAAUGAUAAUGGAGAUGCACAAAUUGAACACUUUAUGCACAUACUAUCCGCUGUUAUCUUGUGGAUUGAACCUCCGAAUGUCAUUGCGGAAUCAAUUCGAAAUGGAGGAAGUGAAAGUGAGUUCAUAGAUUCUUGCCAUGUCCUGCUUUCAGUGGCAUCUUUGACUAGUAGUUCACUUUUUGACAACCUCCUGAAAUCGAUAAGGCAAUAUGGCACAAUUAACCUGCUUUCUGCUUUGACAUCCGAAGCUGUCAAGUCUGUUCUGGAUAACCAGAAUGAAGAAGAAACAUGGGGUUCAGAUGCUCUAGAUAUAUUGUUAGAAACAUGGAAUGUUAUUCUGGGGGAAGCUUGUGCUGAUAAAAGUCCUAUGUCAGCUGAUGGAGCACUUGCAGCUUCAAAUUUGUUUAAGAUAAUUGUGGAGUCACAUUUGAAGGCUGCUGCUGAUUCUGCAUUUGAGGAUAGUGACGAUGCUGAAUACUUUCAUGUUUCUGUUUCAAAGCGUGAUGAGCAGUUGGCCUUGUAUGCUCUGAUUGCACGAGCAGCUGCUGACACCACCAUACCCUUUCUUGAGCAACUAUUUUCUGAGCGAUUUGCACGGCUAAGCCAGCAGAGAGAUGUCGAAAAUGAUCCCACUCGAACAUUGGAGGAGCUGUAUUGGCUGUUGCUGAUUACCAGUCAUGUCCUAACUGACUCAGGCGAAGGAGAAACACUGCUUAUUCCUGAAGCUUUGCAGGCGGGAUUCACCAAUGUAGUUGAAGUAGCUCAACAUCCUGUAGUUACGUUGUCAUGGUCUAUAAUAAAUUUUUCAAGGCAAUGUCUAGACCCAGGAAUUAGAGGGAGGUACUUCAGUCCCCGGCUCAUGGAGGCGGUGAUUUGGUUCCUGGCCAGAUGGGUUGCAACCUAUUUAGUACCGCUUGAUGUGAGUAGAGAAAUUGACAGUGUGGGUAGACAUGGAUCCCAGCAUUCUAGAAAAUUGCUAAACAGUUUUGCGUGGGACAAUAACCAAGGGGAGCUUGUUCUUGAUUUUGUUGCUCUCAUGUCAAUGGUGGCACUUACUACAUAUCAGGGCGAAAUUGAGCUGCAGACACUUACAUGCCAAAAACUACUUGCUUCAGUUGUUCGACGGAAACACACAUGUGCUUAUGUUGUUCAGUUGGACUCAUGGCGUGACCUUACAAGGGCUUUUGCAAGUGGGCGUUCUUUAUUUUCAUUGAGUGGACGUUUACAGAGAUCUCUAGCAGAAACACUUGCAUGUGCAGCUUCCUGCAUCAAAGAUCCCGAAGCAUCUGUGCAGUAUUUGAGAGACCUCAUGGGACCAGUCGCAGGAUGCCUAGUAGAAAAUGCUAGUAGGAGUGAUCUUAAAUCUGUUGCACAUCAACCAGAUGUUAUCUACAUGGUCUGUUGCCUAUUGGAACGGCUAAGAGGAGCUGCUAGAGCUACUCAGCCUCGCACUCAAAAGGUUCUGUUUGAGAUGGGUCAUACUGUGAUGAACUCACUCUUGACUCUUCUGGAGGUGUACAAAAAUCAGUCUGAAGUCGUAUACAUGAUACUCAAGUUCGUGGUUGACUUCAUUGAUGGUCAAGCUGUAUUCCUGGAUGGUAAGGAGACAUCAGUUUUGAUGAGCUUUUGCUUACAUCUGCUCCAGAUAUACUCCUCUCAUAAUAUUGGAAAGGUAAUGCUCUCGCUUUCUUCAACUCUGCGAAGUGAAUCACAAUCCGAAAAGUACAAGGAUCUGCGUGCUUUGCUUCGGCUUUUAACAAAUAUCUGCUCAAAGGAUUUGGUGGGUUUCUUAUCUGAUAGCAACAUUGAAGGCUCCCCAGAUAUUGCAGAGGUCAUCUAUGUUGGUCUUGAUAUUGUGACUCCCUUGAUAUCUUUGGAUCUUCUCAAGUACCCUAAACUAAGUCGUGAUUAUUUUGUACUUAUGUCACACUUGUUGGAAGUGUACCCUGAGAAGGUUGCUCACUUAAACAGGGAUGCCUUUGGAAGAAUUACUGGUAGUCUUGAAUUUGGCCUGCGUAAUCAGGAUGGCGAUGUUGUUGAGAGGUGCCUCACAGCAGUAAAUGCCCUUGCCUCGUACCAUUUCAAAGAAAGAUUUGGAGGCAGAGGAGGGCUUGGCUCGCAGGUUAUGGAAUCUGAAGGAUCGAAUGGCAAACUUCAGGAAAGCAUAUCAAGUCACUUCUUGAGGCUUCUCCUGCAACUACUUCUGUUUGAAGAUUUUAGAAUGGAACUAGCAGGUUCUGCUGCAGAUGCUUUGCUUCCUUUACUUUUUUGUGAACAGGAGUUAUAUCAGAGACUGGUCCAUGAGUUGCUUGAGAAAGAGCAGAAUCCGACUAUAAAAUCAAGGCUGGCACUUGCUUUCCAUAACCUGACAAGUUCAAACAAUCUCUCAAGCACCCUUGACCGGCCAAACAGGCAGAAAUUUCGGAAAAAUCUCCGGGUUUUCUUAGGCGAGGUCUCGGGCUUCAUGCAGAUAAAGUAG